UUAUCUUUGAUAAGGAAAUUUCGUCCUUUAAAUUGUCAUCUUUCUCCAAACUUUUGUUGACGUAAGUGAGCGAUUUUAGAAAUUCUCUGUUUGAUCUAUAGAAGGCAACCCUUGUGAUGGCCGAGGAAAGUAGUGAAAGAGAAAUUAUGAGAAGGAAAUUGAGUUACGGAGGAAGCAUUCCUUUGCUUGGACUUGGAACCUUCACUUAUCCUAUCGAUGGAGAUUCAAUGGAAGCUUCUAUAAUCAAGGCCAUCAAGAUUGGAUAUAGGCAUUUGGAUACUGCAAGUCUCUAUGGUUCAGAAGAAGCAGUUGGAAAAGCUAUAAAGAAAGCAAUUGCAAAUAAGAUUGUGAAGAGAGAAGAUAUUUUUGUUACUACUAAACUAUGGUGCAAUGAGCACCAUGAUCCACUUUCUGCACUUAACAGCUCUUUAAAGCGUCUUGGGUUGGAAUACGUGGAUAGUUACAUGAUCCAUUGGCUAGUGAAACUAAAGCCAUGGGCUUCCGAUAUGGUGCCCAAAGAAGACGAGUUCGAUGAAUUGGAUCUUGAGACAACAUGGAACCAUAUGGAGAAAUGUGUGGACUUAGGGUUAACUAAGACCAUUGGUGUCAGCAAUUUCUCUUCUAAAAAGCUCUUACAUUUGCUGGAUUUUGCUUCUUUACCUCCCGCCGUUAAUCAGGUAGAAAUGCACCUAAUGUGGAGGCAAAGGAAGCUGAGAGAGGUUUGCUCUUCAAAAAAUGUGCAUGUGACUGCAUAUUCGCCUCUUGGGAGUCCAUGGAAUCCAUAUGGCCUAAAGAAUUUGCUCCAACAUCCCAUUGUCCAUUCCAUUGCUUCCAAGCACGAAGCAACUCCAGCACAGGUUGCACUAAGGUGGAUAUUAUCAAUGGGAGCAAGUGCAGUAGUGAAGAGUUUCAAUGAAAGUAGAUUAGAGGAAAACAUGGCCUCUUUUGCUCUCAAAUUGGAUGAACAAGAUUUGCAAGAAAUUGACAAGUUGGAAGAAAAGAAGAUGGCUACUGGUGAAUUUCUGGUCAAUGCUACAACAAGCCAAUACAAAAACAUUCAAGAAUUGUGGGAUGGUGAAAUUUGAUUUUUUAUGUGGUUUUGUUUCCCCAAGCUCGAAUUAGCUAAUAAAUUCAUAUCAAAUUAGCUUGAAGGAUGGUUUUUUUUUACAA